UGGGAUUAUGGAAUAGUAUCAUAUAUUUGGUGCAUGCAGGGCUAUAAAAUCUGAGUUUAAGUCCAAAAUUAUAGAAUAGGCUAACAUGCAUGUUUUUGUGAUCAUGUUUCAAAAUUUCUUGCAAAAGCAUAAUUAAAAAAAAGUUAGUUAUUUUAGUGAAGGUUGAGAAAGUACAAGUCAAUAAUGCAGGGAUUUGGAGAUCAGAUUUUUCAAGUUGAGAGCUCAGAAUCUGGUUUGGAAAUUCAGAAAGUUGGAAAUGAAGAGUUUGAUGAUGAUGGGAAGCCUAAGAGAACAGGUAACGUUUGGACUGCAAGUGCACAUAUUAUUACAGCAAUCAUAGGUUCUGGAGUUCUCUCACUAGCAUGGGGAGUUGCACAGCUUGGAUGGAUUGCCGGUGUUGCGACUCUUGUUAUUUUCUCCGGCAUCACAUUAUACACUUCUAGUCUCCUCGCAGAUUGCUAUCGCUCUCCAGUUACUGGGAAACGCAACUAUACUUACAAGGAAGUCGUCAAAAACAACCUUGGUCGAGGGAUGUAUAUCUUUUGUGGGACGGUUCAAUAUGUGAACUUAACCGGUAUGGUGAUUGGAUACACCAUCACAGCAUCAAUAAGCAUGGCGGCUAUACAGAAAUCGGAUUGCUUCCAUAGCAGAGGCCAUGAGGUUUUAUGCAGUGUUUCUCACAAUCCAUAUAUGAUAGGAAUGGGAGUUCUUGAGAUUUUCUUGUCCCAAAUCCCCAACUUCCAUAGGCUGUCGUUGCUCUCUCUCGUUGCAGCUGUCAUGUCUUUUGCUUACUCGUCUAUAGGCGUAGGACUCGCCUUUGCAAGAGUUGUUUCAGGGCACGGGGGAAGAACCUCGCUCACCGGUAUAGAAAUCGGAGCUGGUCUCACAGCAGCUGAGAAGCUUUGGAGAAUGUUCAGAGCCUUUGGUGAUAUUGCUUUUGCUUACACUUAUUCUCAAAUCUUGGUUGAAAUUCAGGAUACACUAAAAGCAAGCCCCCCUGAAAACCAAGUGAUGAAGAAGGCCAAUGUUGUUGCUGUAUCAACUACUACAGCUUUCUACAUGAUGUGUGGCUGCUUCGGUUAUGCUGCAUUCGGCAACGAUGCCCCGGGGAAUCUACUAACGGGCUUCUACGAGCCCUUCUGGCUGGUCGAUGUGGCCAACGCCUGCAUUGUGCUACACCUAGUUGGAGCAUAUCAGGUAUUUGCACAACCUAUUUAUAGUGUCGUGGAAUCGUGGGCGAGGAGGAGGUGGCCGAGGUCGGUGCUGGUGACCGGAGAGUACACCGUGAGCCUCUGACAAAAAGCAAAGGCUUGUGUUAGCCUCAACUUUUUUAGAGUGAUAUGGAGAAGCUUGUUUGUGAUAUUUGCAACGUUUGUUGCUUUGUUGAUGCCCUUUUUCAAUGAUGUCUUAGCUUUGCUAGGGGCAAUAGGGUAUUGGCCUUUGACAGUGUAUUUCCCCAUAGCAAUGUACAUUGCCAAGAACCGAGUUCAGAGGUGGACUCGGAGGUGGCUCGGCCUCCAGCUCAUCAACUCGGUGUGCUUGGUCGUGGCCGUGGCCGCGGCCUGCGGCUCGCUCCAAGGGCUCGGGAAGUCGCUCGAGACCUACGAGCCUUUCAAGGUUAAGGAGUAGGUUGUUCCGUCUUGUAAUGGAUCUUUCUGUAAUUUGUAUGAUUGUGAAUUCGGGCUCAAAAUUUGAACUAGUAAGGUUGGAAAUAAAUGUGAAAUAAGUUCAAGAAAAGAAAA